UCCAAAUGCUUGCGGAAGACGACAUACCUAAAUCGCGUCGUCAGAGAUCACGAGGCUGCCCUGAUCUAAGCGACGAAACGCGCCUGGCAAAGAGUAUCAGAAUUGGUUUGGCACUGGACAGGAGCAUUCCCGCACAGCCAAAGCGACCUCGAGUUUCAACGGUCGUGCAAUGACCACCUCCAAGUUUGCUCCUGCUUACCACCAGGGUUUCCAUCAACGCCCUCUCUCCAGGAACAAAUAGCUCGAAGCUGAAAGACUCCUAGGUAUCGAGACUCUACAGCACGUCAAUACCGAGGCCCAUACUAGUGUCAAUCGGCAGUAUUUUUCCGGACACCAGCGCCAAUGUUCUCAGAACAGAGCGAUGCACCCCCGCCUCCCCCGCAGUCCAGUUGGACAGAAACGAACCCCUUAUGACAUUAUGCCCAGGCGAAGCCCAAUGCGAGACCUCAUGGAUGAAGGCUGGACAAACGGCUCACCCCCUCACUGGGGUUUAGCGGUUCCGAGGUUGCUUGAUGCUUUUCCGCUCUAUUGAGGGUUGUUUGCAGAAGCGUGGAGCAUAAAGGGACCUGAUUCCAUAACAUCUCACUCAAUUCGAGGACUCUUUACAACCAGCGAGUUAUUGAACAUCCCACGAAGACUGUCUUCAUACACACCGGGAAAAUGUCUGAAGGUUUUGCAUACAUAACGGGCGGCGCGAGUGGAAUUGGCCGAGGGGUGGCGCAGAUGCUGGUGAAGCACAACAUCAAAGUGUUCAUCGCAGACAGAGACAUCGAGGGCGCCCAGAAACUUGUGGAUGAACUGAACAAGGGAGCCCCAGUGGCCAAAUGUGCUCAGGUCGACGCCGCCAGCUGGAAUUCCCAAGCAAAAGCUUUCAGUCAGGCCGUGGCAGACUUUGGUCGGAUCGACUACGUCUACCCCAUUGCUGGCAUCGGCGAACGCUCUUGGAUUCCGAAUGAUCCUUCCAUGAGUGGCUUCGAGCAGCCUGACCUGACCGUCCUCGACAUUGACCUGACAGGUGUCAUGUACACUGUGGCAUUGGCUGUGCAGCAGUUCAGGAAGCAGCAGCCCGGAAAGGACGGUUUCAGAGGCAAGAUUGGAUGUGUUGCAAGCGUCUGCGGGUUCUACUGCUGUCCGACUCUCCCGGUGUAUACUGCGGCGAAGCACGCCGUAGUGGGACUGGUAAGGAGCUACGGAAAGUACUUGCCGGAGGAAAAGAUUACGAUGAAUGCAGCCUGUCCGAAUGUGGUUCGCACCAACAUCUCCUCGGGUGCCUUUUACGACCAGAUGGAGAAGGAAGGAUUGUUGACGCCCAUCGAAGGGGUCAUUGGGGUGUUCGAGAAGCUUCUCGGGCCAGACGCGACAUCCGGAGAGACGUUCGAGAUCGGACCCAACUACACGGAUCAAGGAGCAGUGCCACGGAAGGGUAUUGAGUAUCUGGACAAGGAAACCGAGAAGUGCUUCGACAUGCUGUACAAGAGGUCGCGACCGCUGCAUCAGCCUCGUUGAGCACAGAGCGGCGCAGCAUACAGGCAGAUGGCCGAUGCGAGCCUGCUGUCUUUAAGACGGACAACUGCUGCUCCGUAAAGGCUUAUAUUCUUCCUAGUCGGUGUAGUGAUGAAUGACUC